AUGUGUAACUGCAGUUCUCAUGUUGCAGGGGCUCUUUUGGAGCAGUUCGUCAAGGCUUACCUCGGCAUAACUUUUGCUGAGCUAAAGAGUAAUGCUCAAGUUCAACCGUGUUAUACUCCCAGCAAAUGUGCACAGCAAUGGUCGCGCCUCGGCUUCAAGCAUUUGAGAGAGGAAUUUCUCCGUUAUCGCGCAAACAGUCUCGAUAGCAAGGCCAUUUUUUUAACAGAAGGUCAGAUUUUCAAUGUCUUAACCCUUCCAUAUAGUUAUAUUGCAGCAUUGCAACCAGCAUUGGAAAAGGAGUGGCGCGAGGUACCCCUCGAAGACAGGGAAGAAUAUCGCCGAAAAUUCUGCGCUUUCAGAAUUCUCGAUGAGAAUUCAAGUAUCAAGUAUACCGUAAAAACCUGA